UACAUGUGACUGAUUUUUACAGAAGCUAAAAGAAGCGAGGAAUACAAUAAUUUUUUUUUUCUUCUUUUUUCACUUCAACAUGGAGAGAAACACAUAUAAACGUAGAAUGGAUGAACUCUCUGCAGGAAGGAAUCAGUUUAUGUCUGCGUCUUCAGGAAGCAAUAAAAAACCUAAUACAGCCAUGGUGUCAAGCUUUGACCCUGCAAGGAAUCGAUUCAAAGGACAAACGUUUAGAACAGACACAACCAAAUUGAUAAAACCAACUAGAGUGAAGAAAACGUCGACAGAUGAUUCUGAUGAUGAUUUUAAAGAAUCUCUGAUUCUCCCUACUCGUCAUACCGCGCCUGUUUCCCUUUCUAAACCUGCCAGAAAUCCCUUUGCUGCAAACAAAGCAGGCAGGGUGUCAAAGCCUGGAUUAGUGAAUUCCGUCAUUGACGAUACCGAUGAUUUUAGAGUACCCGCCAGAGCCAAAUUGAAUUUACCAACCAAACUGACUUUACCAAAGAAAAACAAGGCACAGGAAGAAAUCAUCCAUAAAAAGAAGCAAUUGUUGGAGAAUCUGACUGCUCAUCAGAAACAACAAGCCGACAACAAGGAUAAAAAAGUUUGUCCGUUCUGCUCAGAAAUUUUAUUUCCUAUGCGUACAGCCAUUGCCGAGGCUUUAAAAGCUAUAAAAAAACGAGAUCGAGAACACGAAGAACGAGAGCUUAGGAUAAAAGAAAAGGAAAACGCCACUUCAUCCUAUUCCUUAAGCAUGAUUACCAAAAGACAUAUCCCCACUGCAGAAAAGGAUGCAUUUUGUAGUCUGCAUUAUAGAGAAUUAGUGACCAUUCCUGAGGGUUAUAAGAAAAAGUACCCUACUAAAAUCGACUUUGACGCUAUUCCCAAACGCAUUCAACGCUUUGAUGAAGAACUACGUGCCAUCAUCUCCAAUCGAAUCAAUAGUGAUUACCGUAAUCUGGCUGAAACCGCAUACAAAGAACAGGGAUUGACCAAGGCAAGAAGUGCCAUGAGCGUCAUGCUCCGUUUUGAACACACCUUGCCCGGCUAUUACGGACCCAAGGGAUCCGCUGUCAUUUUCGAUGCCUUAUCCAGCGCUUAUUUAAAAUCCGGUUACUUUGCCAAACACUUGGUUUCGCCACAAUUACCCAUUGAGUUUAUUCAACAAGUCUUGGUCCCUGAGGCUGGAUUUCGUCUCAUUCGACAAGAUAUCAUGAAGGCAGCCACAGGAGGUCCUCCACCCAAUGCCACCGACAAGGCCAAGCAAAUAAUGAUUGAGAGUUGCGAAUAUGGAAACGCCAUGUUCCCAAUGGAAGAGCCCGAUAUUGAAGAAUCAGACCUUGUCAAACCUGUUUAUAUUGCACUGGACGAGGAUGACGAAAAUGAUAGUGAUGAUGAUAGCGAAAGUGACGAUGAUGCUUAUGAUUAGAUCCCUUUAUACAUUUACAAUAAAUAUGACACACGCACACACACUCUCUCUCUCUUUCUCUCUUUCUCUCUUUCUUUCUCUUUCUCUCUCUCUCUCUCUCUUUUAUUUUUGUCCACAUUGAAAUAUACAUAAAAUAUACACUAUCG